AUGGUGCUCAAUUCGAACUUAAUUUUGUUCCUAGCCUUGUAUCUCUUACCAGCAGUGAAAAGUUCAAUGGUAGAUUUGAAAAAUAAUGGAUAUGAAGGCAUUGUCAUUGCAAUUAGCCCGAAUGUAUCAGAAGAUGAAAAACUCAUUCAAAACAUAAAGGAAAUGGUGACUGAAGCUUCUACGUACCUGUUUCACGCUACCAAACGAAGAGUUUAUUUCAGGAACAUAAGCAUCUUAAUUCCAAUGACGUGGGAAUCAAAACCUGAGUACUUAACAUCAAAACUAGAAUCAUAUGAUCAGGCAGAUGUCAUAGUUGCUGAUCCUUACCUAAAAUAUGGAGAUGAUCCUUAUACACUUCAAUAUGGACAAUGUGGAGAAAAGGGACAAUAUAUACAUUUUACUCCAAAUUUUUUACUGACAAAUAACUUGCCUAUCUAUGGACCCCCAGGCAGAGUAUUUGUCCAUGAGUGGGCCCAUCUCCGAUGGGGAGUAUUUGAUGAGUACAAUGUGGAUCAGCCAUACUAUAUUUCCAGGAAGAACACCAUCGAACCAACAAGAUGUUCAGCUGGUAUUACUGGUACUAAUGUAGUUGCCAACAAAUGCCAAGGAGGCAGCUGUAUAACAAGGCCAUGCAAACGUGACUCACAAACAGGCCUGUAUGAAGCAAAAUGUGCAUUCAUCCCAAACAGAUCUCAGACUGCAAAAGAAUCUAUAAUGUUUAUGCAAAAUCUUGAUUCUGUGACUGAAUUUUGUACAGAAAAAACACACAAUACAGAAGCUCCAAAUCUACAAAACAAAAUGUGCAACCACAAAAAUACAUGGGAUAUAAUCAUGAGCUCUGAUGAUUUUCAGAAAGCCUCCCCUUUGCCUGAAAAGUUUACACCACCCCAUCCUACAUUUUCAUUGCUCAAGGCCAAAGAGCGUGUGGUCUGCUUAGUACUUGACAAAUCUGGAAGCAUGAGUUCAGAAGACCGUCUGCUUCGAAUGAAUCGAGCUGCAGAGCUCUUCUUGAUCCAAAUUAUUGAAAGGGGAUCCUUGGCAGGGUUGGUUACAUUUGACAGUACAGCUAAAAUCCAAAGCUAUCUAAGAAAAAUAACAGACGAAAAUGAUUACCAACAUAUCACUGCACACCUGCCUCAAAACGCUGAUGGUGGUACUUCUAUUUGCAGUGGACUCAGAGAAGGAUUUCAGGUAAUAAGGAAGAAUUAUCAGAGCACUUAUGGGUCUGAAAUCAUACUAUUAACAGAUGGGGAAGAUAAUGCUGUAAGUUCAUGUUUUGAGGAGGUAAAACAAAGUGGUGCAAUCAUUCACACUAUUGCUCUGGGACCUUCUGCAGCCAAAGAACUGGAGACCUUUGCAAAUAUGACAGGAGGAAUUCAUUUUUUUGUCAAUAAAGACAUAAAUGGCCUUAUUGAUGCUUUCAGCAGAAUUUCAUCUAGAAGUGGCAGUAUCACUCAGAAGGCUAUUCAGUUGGAAAGUAAAGCCAUAAAUAUUAGAGGAAGGAGUUGGAUAAAUGGCACAGUGCCUGUGGACAGUACAAUUGGAAAUGAUACUUUCUUUGUUGUCACAUGGACAACUAAAAAGCCAGACAUAUUUCUCCAAGAUCCAAAAGGAAAGAAAUACAUAAACAAAGAUUUUGAGAAAGACAAGUUAAAUAUUAGGUCUGCCCGUCUUCGGAUACCAGGUAUUGCAGAGACAGGCACUUGGACUUACAGCCUACUGAAUACAGAUGCCGACUCUCAGCUGCUAACAGUCACAGUGACCACGAGAGCAAGAAGUCCUACAACACUUCCUUUAACAGUGACUGCUCACAUGAGUCAAAAUACAGCACAUUAUCCUAGCCCCAUGAUCAUUUAUGCACAAGUCAGUCAAGGCUUUCUGCCUGUUCUGGGAAUCAGUGUAACAGCCAUUAUAGAAAAUAAAGAUGGACAUCAAGUAAUAUUGGAUCUCUGGGACAAUGGUGUAGGUGCUGAUACUGUCAAGAAUGAUGGCAUCUACUCGAGAUAUUUUACGGAUUAUCAUGGAAAUGGUAGAUACAGUUUAAAAGUACAUGCCCGGGCAAGAGAUAACAUGGCUAGGCUAAGUGUAAGAAGACUGAACAAAGCUCUGUAUGUACCAGGCUACAUUGAAAAUGGUAAAAUUACAAUGAACCCGCCCAGACCAGAAGUUGAAGAUUCCACGGGAGAAAUUAAAGUAGAAGACUUUAAUAGAAUAACCUCUGGAGAAUCAUUUACUGUAUCAGGAGCUCCUCCUCCUGGUAAUAACCCUCAUGUGUUCCCACCUGGCAAAAUUACAGACCUCGAUGCCAAAUUUAAAGAUGAUCAUAUUCAGCUUUCAUGGACUGCCCCUGGCAAAGUUCUUGAUAAAGGAAAAGCCAACAGCUACAUUAUAAGAAUAAGUAAGUGUUUCCUGGAUCUCCAACACGAUUUUGACAAUGCUGCUUCAGUGAAUACAUCUAGUCUGAGGCCUCAAGAAGCUGGCACAAGAGAACAUUUUGAAUUUAAGCCAGAACCAUUUAAAGUAGAAAACGGCACCAUAUUCUAUAUUGCAAUUCAAGCCAUCUAUGAAGCGAAUCUCACCUCAAACAUUUCUAACAUUGCACAAGCAAACAAGAUUAUUCUUCCACAGGAACCCAGUGUGCCUGCUCUGGCCAACAGUAUUUCUGCAAUCAGUUUGGCAAGCAUUGGAUUAGCUGUGAUUUUGUCUGUAUUUUAA